AUGCACGAGCAGGUACGCUACGCCCUCGCCGACUGCACGAUUACAUUCAGUAGUGGCUUCAGUCUGAUUGUGGACGCCACCUUCGUAGUCAGAGCCGCUUCCCGGCGCUUGAUCUUCAAUCGGUUUGCCUGCAUGGAGGUGUUGGCGAGCGCUCCGUUACGCUGCCGAGCGUUAACGACUGCGACACCUGUCUUCAGGAUGUACGCCCUGCGUCAGAGUGGUACUCGGUCAAGGGUGGACGCUCUUCGUGUCGUACUGUACGACGAUGCUGCUAAGACUGCGGAAGUCCCCCUCCGCAUGCACGCCUAG